CUUUGUUCCAACCAGAGUCAGAAACAAGUUGCCGACGUCAGGAUUCUGCGCAAUAGCAUAAAAGCGUUCCAACCGAGAUUACAAACAGUCAGCAAGCAAAUAGUUUGCUGUUCCAACCACACCAAAAACGUGUUUGCUGACAGUCAAAAUAGUUUGCGGAUUUUCUUCAGACAAGAAAUUUGGGGCAUGCGUAGUACCGUUGAAUAGUCGAGGGGUUUGUCAAUUGUCAACGGUUAUCGUUAUCUGUUUCUGUUUACAGGACAACAACUUUGACAUUACCGCAGGAGCUGUAUGAGCUUUCGUAACGUUCGGUUGUGUGACAGUUCAGUGUGGAAGUGAUAAUUCAAAAAAAACGCAGGCGACAAAAACAAAAUAGGAACUACAUAAUAGAGCUACAGAAAAACAAGAAGAAGGACAAGGACCACAUAGGACCAAAAAAAAAAAAAUAGAUCUGAAGUUGACAGGACACCUGGUUGUGCAUUGCCUUGAGCAAGACGCGCAUAACCAAUAACAUGUACUGGGUAAAUGAUUAAAAAAAAAUCGAAACCCAAAAAAAAGGAAGAAGAAGAAGUUUCUGUUUACAAAUUGUUCUAUGAACCCAACCCUACUUUUACUUUUUUAUGUUUAGAUUCGUUUGGGAGUUUGGGUACGCUUAUUAGUUUAAAGUUUGUUUACCAGUCUAAAUAUUUGAGUUUUAUAUUUUAAAGUGAUUAUAUUAUUUGAUAAAUAUGUCCGACGAAGAAUUCAGCGAUAUGUCUUCUCUGUCUUCUAUGGGAAGCGGUGACGAAGAUGACCUAGAAUUAUUACUAGAUGAACCAAGAGUCAAGAACCAAAACUAUUUAGAACACACUGUGACGCAGUACUCCCAAGAAGAAUUUUUCGAACAUUUCAGACUUUCAAGGGGCACAGUAGAUGGUUUGGUUGAAAGAUUUGAGGCUAGUCAAUAUUAUAAUUCACAGGAGGGACAGCAUGCAACCAUAUCUGCUUUACAUCAAGUACUUAUUUAUCUGUGGUACAUUGGACAUCAGACUUGCAGUUUUAGAGAUGUUGGAGAUCGUUUUAAUAUAACAAUCAGCUCUGUCCAUAGAAUUAUUCAUCGCAUGACAUACUUUUUAAGUAAUUUGAGUCCAGAUGUAAUAAAAUGGCCAAAUCAAAAUGAGAAAACCAUAAGUGAACAACAUUUUAGAGCUAAUGGGUUUCCAGAUGUAAUAGGCGCAAUUGAUGGUAGCCACAUAAAAAUCGACAAACCAGAAAAUGACCCAGAGUCAUAUAUAAAUAGAAAAGGAUUCUACUCAAUUCAGAUGCAACUUGUAUGUGAUCACAGAAGAAAAAUAACGGACAUAUUUAUAGGAUAUCCGGGUUCAGUCCAUGACAGCAGAGUGUUUCGAAACUCUCCAUUGCACACGAACCUAGAGGAAAGAUGUGGAAGAUAUUUUCUUCUAGGAGACAGUGGCUACCCUUUACAGGCCAAUUUGUUAACUCCUUAUAAGGAUAGAGGGAACUUAACAAGACGUCAACGGAACUAUAAUUUAAAGCUGGCAAAAAAUCGUUAUGUGGUUGAACAUUGCUUUGGCAUAUUAAAACAAAAAUUUAGACAAAUGUAUCAUGUUAAGUUACGAAAUAUAAGAUUAAUAUGCAAUAUGAUUAGAGCUGCAUGUGUACUACAUAAUAUUGCCAUUGAUGAUAAUAUUUUCAAUAUAGAACCACUUAAUCAAAAUCCUCCAGAACAACUACAUGAAAUUAAUGACGACGAUGAUAAUGUAGAUGACGUAGGAGUUCGUGCCAUUAGGGAUAGGGUGGCAAAUACUUUACAAUUGUAAAUUUUUUGAUAAAUAAAUAUAUGUUUUUCAGUGA